AUGCUGUCAUGGUGGUCGUCACUGGUGAUAUUUGGGGCUUUGACCGCGGCGGCCCUAACGUCGGCGUUGGCUUCCGGCUCCCCAUUCCGGGUCACGGAUGUGCCUGCGGAUGUCUGCGACAAUCAGGGCAAAGGGCUGGUUGGUUACUUCGACUUUGAUGAUAAUUCUACUCAUCUCUUUUUUUGGUUGGCCGAGAGCUGUGGUGAUCCGUCCACCGACCCCGUUAUCCUGUGGAUGACAGGCGGGCCCGGUGGCUCCGCGAUUGGGGCCGGUUUGUUCCUCGAGACCGGCCCGUGUAUCGUAACCAGCGAGAACAAGACUUCAAUCAAUCCGCACAGCUGGAAUUCCAAUGCGAAUAUGCUUUAUCUGGAUGUCCAGGCAAACAUUGGGUUUUCUCACUCGGAUGCGCCUGCGAAAGCCUUAGAAGCCUCCACGGAAGAUCUCUAUACCUUCCUCGAGGCCUUUAUGCGUCAUUUUCCCCAAUAUGCCACCCAAGACUUCUAUAUCGUGGGCGAAUCUUUUGCCGGCAUAUCCACCCCAGCCAUAGCCAGGAAGAUCCACCAGAAGCAGUCCUCGCCCUUAGCGAGGCUCGUCCGGUCGACAUUGGCAUCAACCCGAGCAACAAUUAAUUUGAGAGGAAUUGCUCUUGCCAAUGCACAAGUUUCCAAUCGAUUCAUGUGGUUGGGUUACUAUGUCACCGGCUGCCUUGGGGACAACCCGCUCUUCAAUGGAACCAUAUGCGACGCCAUGGCCGAAGCAAACCCUCGCUGUGAGGAAGUCUUCAAGAUUUGCGAGGAGGCUGAUUUCAACGUUGAUGUCUGCAAUUCUGCUAUCGCGUACUGUCGGCCAAGGAGUGUUGAUGUGAUCGACCUGGAGCAUCGUAAUCCAUACGAUAUCCGGCAGAUCUGCACUGAGGAGGACUCGUGCAACCAGUCUCUGGCAUGGGUUACCAGGUAUCUGAACAGCGAGCGCACAAAGAAGAGCUUGCAAAUCGAUCCGGGCAUCGAAUACAAGGUGCUGGAUCUCGACGUGUACAAUGCGUACGUGGCUAGCGGUGAUUCUCAGCAUGAUUCAAUUUUCUGGGUCGAAGAAUUGCUUGAGCAGGUGAGGCCCCAUUUGACCACCCUUCUUACCACUCCGCAAAAGCCAGAAAUGAGAAUUGAUUAUCUAAUCUUCCAUGCAAUGCAGGGCUACGAGGUUCUGAUCUACGCUGGCAAUAAGGACUGGCUCUGCAACUCAGCUGGGGCACUGCAUGUUGCCGAGAACGUACGCUGGCGCAGGCAGCCCGAGUUCCAGGCGCGGGAGCUACAGAGUCUCCGUCUCCGCGACCGAAGCAUCGGUAAAUUCAAGCAGGAAGGUGGUCUGGCUUUUGUAGAGGUUUUCGAUGCGGGACACUCGGCGCCGCAGGACAAGAGGGAAGAGACGCUAUUUAUGAUCAAUUCAUGGGUCCGGCACAGACUACACUAA